UAUAUAUAUAACUAUGGAUGAUAUAUUCAAUUGGUGUAGAGAUGGUAAUACAUUUCAAGUAAGAGUUUGGUUGGACGACACCACCCAUGACAUGAACCAGGGUGAUGAUCACGGCUUUAGUCCGCUUCAUUGGUCGGCUUUUGCCGGUCGGGUGGCUUUAGUUGAUCUGUUGAUAACGAAAGGCGCCCGUAUUAACGCCACUAAUAUGGGCGACGAUACGGCACUUCAUUUGGCCGGAGCUCACGGACACAAGGAUGUGGUCCAUCUGUUGUUGCGACACAAGGCCGACGUGAAUGCGGUCAAUGAACACGGAAACACACCGCUACACUACGCCUGCUUCUGGGGCUACCAACACAUUGCUGAACAAUUGAUCACUGCCGGUGCUCUCACCAACAUUACCAACAAGUAUGGCGAAACACCGUUAGACAAGUGCAAGGGUCAGAUGCAUCAGAGACUGCACGAAUUGGCCACUGAAUUGGGACAAGAAUUGACCAAAAAAAUACCGUAUAAGUCGCAGUCCUGGUUGGGCACUAAGUCGCGAUCGCGUGACGCCACUCUAUCCCGCUAUUCGGGACUCAGUCUCAAUGAAUUGCAUUUACAGCACAAGAUAUCGAACAGUCCAUCGGGAGAGACGUGGAAAGGUGUUUGGCAGCGAAAUAAUAGCGAAAUAUGUGCCAAAUUUGUGGCCGUCGUCGGCGAAAUGGCUGCCAGAAUACCCAGAGAUUUCUCUGAAGAGUAUCCAAGACUUCGUAUCUUUUCUCAUCCAAAUGUACUGCCAGUCAUCGGUUGUGUCAAUUCACCGCCCAAUUUGGUUGUUGUCAAUCAAUAUAUGCAAUACGGAAGCCUUUAUCAAGUAUUACAUGAGGGCACAGGUAUUGUUGUCGACACACAUAAAGCACUCAAGUUUGCCAUCGAUAUUGCCAGAGGAAUGGCAUUCUUGCACACACUUAAUCCACUCAUUCCUCGCCUUUAUUUAUCAUCCAAACACGUUAUGAUUGACGAAGACAUGACGGCCCGUAUCAAUAUGGCCGACGCCAAGUUCUCGUUUCAGGAGCGCAACAAAGUCUAUAAUCCUGCCUGGAUGGCACCCGAAGCCCUACAGAAAAAACAUACCGACAUCAAUGUCAAGACGGCCGAUAUGUGGUCGUUCGCUGUACUACUAUGGGAACUGUCCACACGUCAGGUGCCGUUCGCCGAUAUGUCGCCAAUGGAAAUGGGAAUGAAAGUGGCACUCGAAGCACUCAGGGUUACUAUACCUCCCGGUAUAUCACCGCAAAUGUCAAGACUUAUCAGAAUUUGUAUGAAUGAAGAGCCGGGCAAACGGCCAUCAUUUGAUCAGGUGAUCCCUAUAUUAGACAAAAUGAAACAGUCUUGAGCUAUAUUGUGUGCCAACCAAACCAAACCACUAGUUAUAAUUGACAUUUUAAAAUAAUAAUCAAAAAACUAAUCAUUUUAUAUAUUAUGUUAUUUUAAUUGAAAAAAUAUAAUUACCG